GGAGCAGGGGUUUCCUGACAGGCAAAAUAUCGGGCAAAGAAAAUAUUUCUUUCGCAUAAAUAGGCGUUGCUUCAAUCUCGUGAUACAGGGAAAUAAAUAGUGGCAGCCUACUAGCAGUUCCACUUCGCAUGUUGACUGAAGCUCAUCAAAGGUCUUGCCAAAAAAGAAAAAGAAACAUGGAUGUCCGGACUGGUUUCAUCGUCUCACUCUGCUUGAUAGGAUUCACCUGCGCGGCACCAGUGAAGUACAAAGACUGCGGCUCCACUUCUGGCAAAGUGGCUGUGGUGGACGUUAGCCCUUGUAACACUCAGCCAUGCCAGUUACACAAAGGACAGUCUUACAGUGUCAAUGUGACAUUCAAUAGUGGUGUGGAGAGCCAGACAAGCAAAGCAGUGGUUCAUGGUAUUAUUGCUGGAGUUCCUGUCCCCUUCCCCAUUCCCAUAGAAGAUGGCUGUAAGUCUGGAAUCCAGUGUCCCAUCAAGAAGCAGCAGAGUUAUCACUAUCUAAACUCUCUGCCGGUGAAGUCUGAGUAUCCCGCAAUAAAGCUGGUUGUGGAGUGGGAACUGAGAGAUGACAACAAACAAGACUUGUUCUGCAUCAGGUUCCCAGUUCAGAUUGUGAGCUAAACUGGCAACAAUACCUCAGACAAAUGUGCAUUUUCUUUUUUUAAAAAGGGAUUCAGCUUUGAGUAAAAAAAAAAAAAAAAAAAGUUAAUGAUUCUAGUUAAGAUCUCAUUUUAUUCAUUCAUCAAGUUGAUUUUUUUUUUUGUUUGUUUUUAAGAUGUAUGUGUUUCACUAGUUUGCAAGACUUUGCCUCACACACAUCUUAAAUCUUACUGAAACAAAUGAGAGGUUGAUUUUCACUAUGAAUUGCCUAACAGUCGAUUUUUAAGAGUUGUGGAUGUGAAAUAAUGCGGGUUAAUGUUUGUAAAUGACCCUGGCUUAAUUACAUUCCACUACAAUGCAAAUGUCUUGGCUCACUGGCUGCUGUGUAGUCAGAAAAGGUACAUGCUGUACUUUUUCUUUACUUCUAAUUUUGUAAUAUUUCUUACUGACCUUGUGCUACAUAUGAAAAGUAAAUUCUAAUAAAGAAAUCUAAUGUGUA